UUGUCCUCAAUAUUUUGAAUUACCACUUGUGUUCUUGUGUGUGUGAGCUUCAAAACGUGCAAAUAGCUAUAUCUACACUCAAUUGAGCUCAACCUUCACUUAGAAUCAAUUUGUGCCAUCUCCAAAGGUAAAAUCUCAAAGCUAGUUCUUCCUAGUCACAUUUUCCUAAUAAACAAGAGCUAACAUAUCUCACAAGCUAUUGAAUCUUAUCAAUCACCAUCCUCAAAAAACACCAACCAUAAAAAUCACCUCUCUAUCGAUAUUUUUAUCGGCAAAUAUUAGUAUAUUAGUUGUUAUUUAAAUCAAAAAAAUUCUACCAUCGUCGAACUUGUACUAAUUGUUUCCGAAAUUUUCUUCCCCGAGUUUUCUUUUCUCUUUCUUUAAAUUGGUUUUUGAUCAUCGUCGCCGUCAACAUCAUCAUGACCAUCUCAAUGUCUAUGUGUAGACUAAUUAGACAACCUUUAAUAAGCAAUGUUCCAUAUAGUGGCCAAAAACUCAACAUGAGACAAAUUCAAAAGGAAAAUGUAGUUUUGGUCAUGGGAGCAACCGGGACAGGAAAGUCAAAGCUUUCAAUUGACUUAGCAAAUUAUUUUCCAUCAGAAAUAAUCAAUUCAGACAAAAUUCAAAUCUAUGAAGGUCUUGACAUAGUAACAAACAAAAUUUCAAAAGAAGAACAAAAAGGAAUACCACACCAUUUACUAGCAACACAUAACCCCAACAUAGAGUUCACAUCCAACGAUUUUCGUGAAAUAUCAACUUCGGCCAUUGAUUCAAUCACGAGCCGCGAACAUCUUCCGAUCAUUGUUGGCGGCUCGAAUUCCUACCUUGAAGCCUUAGUUGAUGAUGACGACUAUAAUUUCCGAUCGAGGUUCAAUUUUUGUUGUCUUUGGGUCGAUGUUUCAUUACCAACUCUUCGUUCGUACAUAGAUCAACGCGUUGAUCAAAUGUUUAACACUGGAAUGGUUAAUGAGUUGCGACCCUUUUAUAAUCCGAACAGAGAUUACUCAAAAGGGAUACGAAAAGCCAUUGGUGUUCCCGAAUUCGAUGAGUAUUUUCGAAAGGAAAGUUUUGUGGAUGACGAAACAAAGAAAAUGUUGGUUGAAAAAGCUUUGAGUGAAAUGAAGAUGAAUACAUGGAAAUUAGCUAGGAAACAACUUGCAAAAAUUCAUUGGCUUAAGAAUGUUAAGAGAUGGAAUAUUCAUAGGUUAGAUGCUACACCUGUUUUUAAGAAACAUGGAAAUGAAGCUGAUGAAACAUGGAAGAAGAUUGUUGCAGAACCUAGUGCUAUGAUUGUGGCACAAUAUUUAUAUAACUCAAGAAAUUCUUCUAAUGUUGUGAAUUCUUCUUCAAAUCUUAGAGUGCCAAUUUCUCAGAGUGAUCUUAUGGCUGCUGCAACAUGUUAAUUAGAAGAUGAUGAAAAUUUUGUUGAGCAAAGAAAUUAUGUAUAAUAAUAAUGAUAAAAUAAUUGUUCCAUUUUUGCUUGAGGGGGUAAUAAGGACAGUUUUGAGAGAAAAUAAAUAAAAACAGUUGUUUCAUUUUUGCAUACAAAAAAUGUAUCAUCUGGGAUGGGAUCCCCCAUUCAAUGUAGAAAUUUUAGAAUAGAAACAGAGUUUUUUUUUUCCGGAGUUAUCUAAUUAGAAUUUACUAUGAUUUGAUAACUAAAUGUACAUUUUUUUGUCAAGUUAGCAAUUAGAAUUUCACUUUUUAAAGUCUAAACAAAAAA